AUGGCCACUUCGACUAUCGAGGUAAGCAUCUGAGUGCGACUCUCUCGAGCACGCUGCCUCGUCAUCGGCGCCGACUGACCUCGCGCGACUCAUCUUCGCAGGAAUUCGAUCGGUCCGUGCGACAGGCGCUGACCAAGUCGCUGUCCCAUUCGAGAGUGGAAGCCGUCGUCGAGAGUGCGAUGCUCAAUGUCCAUGUGCGUGGACUUACGGCUCCAGUGGAGUGCCCCUGCGCCGCGCCGAACGCUGACUUGUCUGACUUGUCUGACUUGUCGCAUCCGCACAGCCCGACACCCCGCUCGUCGCCUCGAUCCUUCGCCACCACCGCAAAGCCACCGCACCGCAAAAGCUCCCCUCCUUGUACCUCGUCGACGCCAUCGCAAGGGAAGCUAGGAAGCGCGUGAAGCGAGCCCUCCAGGAGCAAUCCGUGGCGUCGUUCGAACCGUCGACCUCGACCACCUCAUCGGCCACACCGGAUUAUGCGGCCUUCAUGACCGAGUUGGAAGCCAUGCUCGCCAAGAUCGUACUCGACUCGUGGGAGAAUGGCGAACACCAGCAUCGUGUUCGUCACCGCUCGUCGUUCUGUUUCGCAACCGCGGAUUGGCCAGCGAGCGAGCUCGGCCAACUGAAACCGUGCUCUCGAUUGCGAUCCCACAGGAAAAAGUGCGCAAGAUCCUGGAGAUCUGGCAAAAGGGGGGCGUUUUCUCGUCGUCGUCGCUCUCACGGAUCAACGCCAAGAUGGCCGCCUUUGAUCAACAAGGCGCCAGCGGAGCGAACGGAUCAGCUCCACUCUCGACUUCGACCACACCUCCGCAAUCGCCUCCCCCACGAGCUUAUACCGAUGCAGCAACACAAGGUGAGUGCGUUUGUCGUUGUACCCUGUUUCGGGUCCUGGUUUUUGGUGCGACCUUCGUUGUAGCUUUGUCACGGCGAGCGAUCGAUCGAUCAAUGAGCGCGCAUCGAUCCUCGUGCGAAGCUUGCAAUGUCCAUCUCCGCGUUCUUCGCAUUCUUUACGUGGGCUAGAGAGCUGAGAUAGCACCUAUUCGUACCCCUACCACUCCGUUCGUGCUCCAGAUCCUCCCAGCUCGGCACCUUCAGGCCUGCCAGCCAGUGUGCUCGCACUCUUCGGGGCUCAAUCCGGUCCGACCUCGACCUUGACCUCCUCCAACUCGUAUUCGACAACGAACGGUAAAGGCAGACCCGCAUUGUCGAUCCAGGAUGAAGUAGCUCGCGCGAUUGCAGGCGCGAAAUCCGGAACCUUGUGCGUAUUCUCCUGGUGUGUGUCUGGGCAACGAGAAAGGCAAGUCGUCACUCACCGGCGCAUCUCCCUUUCUAUCGAACAGCCUCCCGAACGAACCGACACCGCCGCCACCUCCUGCGAUAGCAUCGUCGAUUGUGCCUCCUCCCCCAACGCCAGCACGCUCGGCAUUACCAUUCAACGCCUCACGAAUCGCGCUUAACGAAUCGCUAGCGAAGCCGCCGCCUGCUUUGAAAGACGCUUCACGCUCGACCCUUCCUCCCCCCGCCCUACACUCGCCCGACGGGCCAGACUCUCGAAACAAUCAAGUCUCUAGCUCGUUGCUCGAACCAUCUUCUUCAUCCCCUGCCUCGCGACCUUUACCUUCUUUCCCAUCCACGACUGCGAACCCGUCACUCGUUGCGCCACCCCCACCCCCACCCCCACCAGGCUUCAAACCGCCGAUCUUCCUGCCUACACCCCAAGUGACCCCCUCCCCUGCCCCUCCCCUCACCCCACAACCACAACCACAACCACAUCCCUCUCCCAACCCUUCCCCCGCAGCCUCCUUCGACCCAACAACUUUCUCCGCCCUCUCCGCGCACUCGUGGACGUCCCUCGUCGCGUCCCUUCGUUCAACGCUCUUUGCGCACUUAACGGACCGUGAGCCUACGAAUGGAGAAGUGAUGGCGUUCGUGCAGAUGGUGACGAUGAGACAACAACAGCAACACGCUCAGCAACAGAUGAUGAUGUCCGGGAUCGGGUUUGCUCGAUCGGGGGAGGUCGGGACGGCGAAUACGAAUGCGAAUGGGCAUGGGCAUGCGAAUGCGAAUGCGAAUGCGAAUGCGAAUGGGUUUGUUUCGUCCGCUCCGACGUCGAUCGUCGCUUCCUCGUCAAUGCAGACGGACUACGACAAUCCCACGUCCUACAAUCAUCCUCAAGCUCAAGACGAGUACAGCGGUGCAUGGCCAUCGACAACGCCCUUCUGA